AUGGCAACCUGCUUGAGGAUAGCAAAGUUGCCGGAUGUCGAGGGCUUAGAGGAUGGGAAACGGUCACUUACUGGAGAAGUAAUUGCCACUGGCAUGGAGCUGUCGCUGCCUAAGACCAAAGGCAAAGCUGGCAAGAACAAGCGCUGGCUGAAAGGUCGGGGUGCUGCGAAACGCCGCAAGCUCGAAGAAAAUUCAAGGCUGGAGAAGUGGCUGGAAACGAAUGGCGUGUGGGUUUCUGAGACUGCCGCAUGGGGUCAACCGGCUGCUGGUGUGUCCAUGGCAGUAGAGACACGGGAGCAAACCGAAAACGAAGUUUCAGGCCGUGGUUUGGUCGCUCGUCGUGACAUUGAGCAGUACGAGGAUUUGGCUCGGGUUCCGAAGCCUCUUCUCUUGACGAAGGAGAGCUCUUGUGGAGUGUUCGGGGAGGAGUGCAUCCCUGCAGACAUGAGUGAAUACCCUGCCAUUGCACUGCAUCUCAUUUAUGAGAAGUUUGUCAAGAAGGAGGAGUCGUUCUGGGCGCCUUACAUCGCCGUCCUGCCGUCCACAGACGAGGUAGGGGCUUCCUUCUCUUGGGAAGACGAGGAGUUAGAUACACUGCUGAACGGAAGCAUUUGCCGAAACAUGUCGUUGUAUUUGAAGGAGCAGGUGCGAGACGAGUUCAACGGUCACCAGGCUACGAUCUUUACGCAGUUUCCGGAGAAGUUCCCUGCUGAUGCAUUUACUUACGAGAACUACGUUGCGGCCUCAGAGUGCAACAGCGCCCAAGGAUCUCAGCUUAGGAUUUCUUUAGGGGUCAUGUCGUGCGACUCCUGUGAUAUAGCCUUCGCGGUGGCGCGCUUGGGGGUCAUUGCUGCUAUGGGCGAGACCCGUCUUGAUGAUGUGGUGGAUCGUUGGUUGGAAGGGCCCCGGCACGCCCUGAUUCAUCUCCAUAGCUGCCUGGAUGCUGAGUCUGCAGACCGGCUUUUGCCCUUAAUGGAUCUCCUUACUUCUUUGCACCUCGGCAGUGAUGUUCCCGUGGCUACGGGGGUUUUGGAAGCUCGGGGGGGCUCCGUAGGAGAUUUCGAGGACUUGUAUCAGGAUGAUUUCUCCCUGCUGCUGCGGUCGAGUCUUCAGAUUCGUAUCCUUCUUGCACCGCGCCCCUCUGGACCGCGGGUGGCUGCGAUCUUCCUCAGCAAGUUGUUUCGAGAAGUGGGGCAGGUUUGCGGCUCAAUGGCCUCAGCGGCCGUUCUCUGGGAGACCUUGCGUCUCCGUGGCCUCCAAGACAUAGCUCCCGUGUUUGUAGAAUGUGGGGUGUACAGUGUAGAGCUCCUCCAUGAACGGUGGGAUGCACUGCUGCGUAGAGGAGUGGCUAGAUGGCAGUUGGAGUUUCUCUCCGCAGGGGUCGAGCCGAGUCGCCAGCUGUCCCUUGGUGGGGACAGGCAGGACCUGCCACCGGUUCGCAAGCGCAAGCGGGCGUCUCUUCAAGAGGCUUUGGCAGCUGCGGCCCCGGACCAGAGGCAGCAGGCCCUUAGGGAGUUAGAGGGCGAGGUCCUCGCUAAAUCCACCGUUGGACCCAUGGAGUCCAGGCUGGCGGUGUGGAAACGGAUCUGCUUAGCAUGGGACGUGGCACCGUUCCCGCUUGACAUCCAGAAUGUACGCAUGGUAGGGGCCAGCUUGAAGAGAGGCGGUUACCGUAGUGCCGCGCAGUAUUAUGCCGCAGCCACAUCGUGGCAGCAGCGGCAGUUGCACACACCUGUACCCCAAGCAGUGCGCUUUACUAUCAGGGACUGUGUGCGGUCCAUCCGGCGCGGCUUGGGCCCCGCCGAGCUCAAGGACUCCUUUCCGGUGAGCGCGUUGGCCAAGUUGGUAGAUGAGGCAUCGGAUGUUUAUGCAUUCGAUUUUGAGUCUCCAGCAGCAGCCGCGGAUGCCAUGUUGGUAGGGUCGUACUACAUGUUGCGCGAAAUAGAGAUGGCCAACGCCCGUAGCGAGCAUCUUUAUUUCAAGGAUGGCCUGCUGCAGAUGCUGAUUCCAGUGCACAAGACUUCGACCGAGGGAGAGCUGACAGUUCGCUCACUGGCAUGUUGUUGCCAAGUUCGCAGGCAGCCGUUGUGCCCAUGGCACGCAGGCCAACGACAUCUACAAAGAUUGCAGAUCUUGCAAGGGGUGCUUGAUAAGACGCGGAUCCCGCUGUUUCCGGACACAUCUGGCCGAGUGCUGUCGAAACAUCAGAUAGUCGAUCACAUGCGCAAUUGCAUUUCGUUAGCUGGCAUCAGUGUUACUCGGCCGGACGAGGUUGGAUUGCAGGUGCAGCGGUUCGGUGGACACGUUUUGCGUGUCAGUGGGGCCCAGCACUUGUCACUGUUGGGUCUUAGUGUUGAGCAGAUCCAGCUGCAAGGCCGGUGGGCAUCGGACACGGUGCGUCGUUAUGUGCAGUCGGCGCCGCUCCUUCAUGUUCCGGGGCUCGUGGCUGAGGCCCUCACAGUCGGACCCAGGUCGGGGCGGGGAUGGCAGAUCGUGGAGGAUCCGGGUCAAUCCACCGAAGUGAUCGCGGUAGAGGCCGAUGAGGAGGAAUCUCAGUCCCAAGGGUCGGUCAGGGAAAAGGACAGCGGAGCCCAGAUUGCGGCGCUUCGCGCUGAGUUCGCAGUCUUCAGGAGUGAGUUUGCGACUAGGCGGAUGUUGGUCGUGAAUCGUAGGAUGAUGCGUCCGAGGGGGACGUAUCAUCCGAUAGCAGCAGCUCAGAAUCCUCCAGCGGGUGAGGGCCAACGGGAGGACCACUUCAUUAGCGACUCCGUCGAAGACCAGAACAGGAGACCGAUUAAUGGCAGCGUCACGCCGGAUGGUGCGUGGCGAGGCCGGAGCUUUCGCUGGGGACAGUUGGCGGUUCCCGAGAUCGACUAUGUGACCGAGGCCGUGUGGGAGGCGAAAAGGGAGGUAGCAGAUCGGGCCGGAGCGAGCCCAGAGAUCCUUCGGUACCUUGAGUUGAGGGGUAUCAAGGCAGUGGGCACACUAGCUCACGCCGCAGCCUCGGACACAGAGUAUCGCGAUGUGGUGAUCAGGCCUCUUCUUGCAGGCUUUGGCCCCCCCGACGCUAGGAUCGAGAUUAGCGAGCAGGAGAAGCCAAUUGCUUCUGCCAUCCUCAUGUACAUGCGUAACAUCUCUUUGGAAGCUCAGCGGCCUCAGAGUUCACAGCCGAAGCCAUCCGGGACGGUAGAUCCCGACGUGCCCGCCACAUCGGCAGGCACAAGUGGGUCACGAGGAGCCUCGGCUUCGUCAUACGACCCGGAUAAAGUGCCCAAGACUCUGCCAGCGGGGGUGUGGACCCAACAGAUACAGAAAUGGGAGUCGGUGGUUAUCCAUGGGGUGGCCAGAAAGUUCCCGGAACAAAGGGUCAUCGGCGCGGAGUCGUCGUUGGCUAAGAGGUCGUUUGAUUCGGCUGGAUUGGUCAAUGGCUUGGCCAAGCGGAAGGUCAAUCAGGAACUUGUCAUCGACAUCGACAAGGACCGCCUGCUCACCAAGGAUGAUGCCGAGGGUACGUUUGAGCCCCGCUCGAUGCUAGCAGUGAUAGAUGCUCUGAACGCCAAUCGAUGGGCUCUUCUGUUGCUAGAGUACGGUCCGGAACAUGAAAUCGAUCGGCUGUAUGACUUGCUUGAGCAGAGGGCCAGACAGAGGCCACAGAAUCUCGAACAAUUUCGGGUGUAUUAUGAGGCGGCGAUGUGGAAUCUUUGCAUGUCCCUGAGGGCCGGGAAAACCUUCGCGGAGGCAGCAGCCGGAGUCCGCGAGGACGUCCAUCAGUACCAGGAGGUCAUGGCACGCCCCACGCAACCCUUGAAGAAGGAGCCCCCACCCAAGAAGCUACGCACCGAGGACGGCAAGCAGCAGGACACGCCACAGGGUUGGUCGGAUAAUAAGAAGGGCAAGGGCAAGAGGCCGUUUGACCCUGGUGGCCAUGCCCCACCGGGCACUUCAUCACAGGCGGGCCGUAGCUCAGGUUGUGAUGCGGCACCAAUACAGCAUUCGGCGACAGGCCCUGGCCAAGGGGAGAUGGGGCCACCACCACCGGUGUCAUCGGGACAGUCACCCCGGCCGUUGGGGCCACACACUGUGGCACAUCACAGCUUCCCGCCUCCGCCACCACCUGCAGUUGAUCGGGCUUCUAGUGGGAAUCAACAUGUGAUUCACCUCGAUUUCUUCGCCGGCAUGGGCACGGCUUCAUUGGCAUUGCGUCAUCUCGGUUACAGCCUCAGGGCGGUGUUCGCGUGGGAGGUUGACCCCGCGGCGAUCAAGGUAGCGAGCCAGCGAUGCGGUGACGGGUACCGUCAUAUGGGCGAUGUUCUGCAGGCUGACCCGGCAUGGAUUGCGGCACAGGUUGCAGCCAUACCGGGCGGCAACGAGGACAUUAUCGUUAUCACGGUAGCGGCGCCAUGUCCGGAUUACUCACAGGUCAGAUCUGAGUCAUCACCCGGCCGGAGCGGGAGGUCGGGGGCUCUUUUCGUUCAAUUUUGCGGGAUCCUUGACAAGUUGCUUGGGGCUUUGAAGGGCAGGAAGGUGACCUUGGUGGCCGAGAAUGUCGUCAUGAACAAUCCAGCGGACAUCCAGUGGUUCUCGAAGCGUCUGGACGCGGGACCGAUGGUAGUGGAUUCCUCGGAUUUUGCAGCGGUGUCAAGACCCAGGUUAUGGUGGACCUGGGUCGACUGGUCGGUUUGCCGAGCUCACCCUGCGAACUCCAAACCUCUACGCUGGCGCAAGGUGCAGAAGAACCUGUUUCAGCUUCACCUCGAUCUUCCGAAACAGGAUCCUUCGGAUCUGCAAGUUCGCGGCCUCAAGCUGCAUCCCAAGGUGCUGGAUGGAUCCCGGAAGUUGCCGUGCCUCACCACGCCGGCCCAAUCGGAGGCCGGGAGAGACCCGCCAAAAGCAAUCAAAGGUCGCAUCGAUUCCGCCACACGGGCACGGUGGUUGGAACAUCGGAGAUCAUAUGCACCUUGGUUUUUCCUAGAAGAGAACAUGAUGACGGAUCCGCAUGGGACCAUGGUCCUCCUUCCCAUAGAGGCGAAGGAACUCGCCCAUCAGUUUGUGGCCGGUUUUACUCAGGUCGAGGGGGUCACGGACAAAGAGCGGCACACUCUACUCGGCAACUCGUGGCACUUCGGAGUGUCAUUGGCUGUCAUGGAGUUGGCGUUGCAUCAUGGAGUGCGGACCGUAGGUAGCGCAACGACCGAGCGAGCCGAGGACUUGUCAAAGGUUUGCGGUUUGGCAUCAGUCCUUGCAUUGUGCUCACAGUUUCCAUUGUCCCUGAGCAAGAUACCUGAAUGGUCAUCCCACGUAGACAUGCAACCACCCGAUGACAUGUGGCAACAUUGGGUGUAUUCGGAGAGGGCGGUACACCCCUUAGCGCAGGCCCCAGCAGUCGAUCCGGGCAUCCAUGUUACGAUGUCCAGGUUGUUAAAGAUGGGGCCCAGGAUUGUCGAGUUUCGUACUCGGGUCCUCAGUGAAGUGCGCAGUUUAGCCGAGAGCAUGCGGGCUGAGACACAGGCGUGGUUUGAGCAGUUGAAGCCGCACAUUCAGAAGGCAUACACCCUCCCGGACGGUCAUAUUGUGCAAAUUAUAGCCGGCACCUCGGUUGCUCCGAGGACAGCUGCCGCCGACACCAGGGUGGAGACCCCGUUCGGAUAUUACGUCCACAACAAACUUACGCGGGGUCGAGUGGACCCCGAAUGGGAGCCCAUGCUUCAGGAGAUUCUGUCUGAGGUGCGGAUGGGUCGGAUGCGGGGCCCCUUUGCCUCGCCAGAUGACUGGCCGAAAGCUUGCGUGCCAGUCGCCGGAGUAGUAGGCUUCACCGAGUGCAAGCCACUGGAGGGCGAACGGGUGUUCGCUGCAGGGGCGUUCUCUGUAGUCCAACAAGGCAGCGAUGGCUCUAAGAAAGUGCGGAGAUGCGAAGACUAUCGCAGAAGCUAUCAUAACGCUACCAUUUGCACUGCAGACGUCCCGGCGCAUGACACAGUGGAGACAUACGUCCAAAUCAUUCGGAUGCUCAUCAUGCUGGGCUACUGGGUGUUGCUCUGGUGCCAAGACUUGUGGGCGGCAUACCGCCAGUUCCCUCUCUCGCAUCCUUCAGAGGCAUACACUUUCUUGGGGACGCCAGCCGGGCCUACUCUAUGGCAACACGCUGUCUUGCCUUUCGGGGCAUCCAGCUCCGUAUGGUGCUUCAACAGAUGCAUCGAUGCCUUGAUGUUUCUGGGACGGUCUUUACUUUUUGUAUUAGUCAUUCAUUUCGUUGACGACAUAGGAGUCCUGAUUGAGAUUGCUGGCGACGGGAUCUGGUUGUGUCCCGAACCUGGCAGAGUUCGGAAAGUGCUCAUGACGAUCCGCGAAGCGCUCCUCACGGACACCUUGACGCCGGAGACGGCACAGAAGUUGGCGGGCAAGUUGGUGUUUUUGGGGACUACUUUGUUUGGCCGCAUAGGGGCGGCCUCUCUGCAUCCGGUGUACUCCCGCAGCCGAGACGUCAGCGGGACGGCGCCGUACCAGUUGAACUCUGCGCUGCGGUGUGCACUGGAGGUCCUACAGCGGAUGCUGCACAACAGCAAACCAAGGUGGAUUCCCUUUUGGAGCCCACACAUGCCUCAUGCGACCUUGUAUGCGGACGCGUUCUUUUCAGCUGGCGAAACGCAGUAUGGGUUGUCUUCGGAACCACCGGCGGCGUGGAAUCCGCAACACGCUAGAAGUUUUCACAACGGUGCUGGAUUCGUGGUCAGAACAGGAACUCUGGUCCGAUACGCGCACUGGGAGGUGCCAGCUGCACUGUUGCAACGUUUCUCCUCGUGCAAAGCAUUCAUAUAUGCCUUGGAAAUCAUGGCACAGAUUGUGGCAGCGAUUACCACAUGGCGGGAUCUUCCAGUUCUUUGGGUCGGAUUCUGUGACAACUCGGCAGGGAGGGCCGCCCUUUCCCGCGGCUACAGCAAAGAGACAUCUCUAAAUCAUCUUCUGGCGUUCUUCUGGUCGGUUGCUGCAGCACUACAGUGGUGCCCCCAACUGGAGUGGGUGCAGAGUGAGUUCAACAUCGCAGAUCCCUUUUCGAGGGGCGAUGUCAGUAUUGGUGUCAACCGCCGAUGGCAAGCACUGCAGUCGUCGCUUGAUCCUUUGUGGGACGUGUUUUACCGAGUCUCUUGGGACCUGGAAUAUGCUACGGGCCAAGCGGUUUCAGACGCACUGGCUUUGGGCUGGUCUUUCUAUUAG